CGACUCCGUCCAGUCCUCAUCUUUUUUUAUUUUUUGGAAAGGACCGGGGUGGGUGGAGCAGAGGUGGAGAGAAAUCAAGACUUGGCAUUUUCUCCCCUCGCCCUCUCCUAAUUUGCCGGAGGCCGCCAGCCCUCCUCUUGGGAAAAGGCAAGAAAUCCCACCGAGAAAGAGAACGAGAAGGCUGCAGGACCCUCCGCGCACGCAGGGGAGCCCGGACCUCCGCGCCGCCCCGCCGCCCCGCCGCCGGCGCCGGUGACUGAGCGGCCGUCGGGCCGGGGCGCGGGGCCCCCGUCCGCGUUCGCCAUGGCGGAGAACUGGAAGAACUGCUUCGAGGAGGAGCUCAUCUGCCCCAUCUGCUUGCACGUCUUCGUGGAGCCCGUGCAGCUGCCCUGCAAGCACAACUUCUGCCGCGGCUGCAUUGGCGAGGCGUGGGCCAAGGACAGCGGCCUCGUGCGCUGCCCGGAGUGCAACCAGGCCUACAACCAGAAGCCCGGGCUGGAGAAGAACCUGAAGCUCACCAACAUCGUGGAGAAGUUCAACGCGCUGCACGUGGAGAAGCCCCCGGCGGCGCUGCACUGCGUCUUCUGCCGCCGCGGGCCCCCGCUGCCCGCGCAGAAGGUCUGCCUGCGCUGCGAGGCGCCCUGCUGCCAGUCCCACGUGCAGACGCACCUGCAGCAGCCCUCCACCGCCCGCGGGCACCUCCUGGUGGAGGCGGACGACGUGCGGGCCUGGAGCUGCCCGCAGCACAACGCCUACCGCCUGUACCACUGCGAGGCCGAGCAGGUGGCCGUGUGCCAGUACUGCUGCUACUACAGCGGCGCGCAUCAGGGACACUCGGUCUGCGACGUGGAGAUCCGGAGGAACGAGAUCCGGAAGAUGCUGAUGAAGCAGCAGGACCGGCUGGAGGAGCGGGAGCAGGACAUCGAGGACCAGCUCUACAAGCUUGAGUCUGACAAGCGGCUGGUGGAGGAGAAGGUGAGCCAGCUGAAGGAGGAGGUGCGGCUGCAGUACGAGAAGCUGCACCAGCUGCUGGAUGAAGACCUGCGGCAGACGGUGGAGGUGCUGGACAAGGCCCAGGCCAAGUUCUGCAGCGAGAACGCGGCGCAGGCGCUGCAGCUGGGCGAGCGCAUGCAGGAGGCCAAGAAGCUGCUCGGCUCCCUGCAGCUGCUCUUCGACAAGACGGAGGACGUGAGCUUCAUGAAGAACACCAAGUCCGUGAAGAUCCUAAUGGACAGGACCCAGACCUGCACGGGCAGCAGCCUGUCUCCCCCCAAGAUCGGCCACCUGAACUCCAAGCUUUUUCUGAACGAGGUAGCCAAGAAGGAGAAGCAGCUGCGGAAGAUGCUGGAAGGCCCCCUCAGCACGCCGGUGCCCUUCCUGCAGAGCGUCCCGCUGUACCCCUGCGGCAUGAGCAGCUCUGGGGCCGAGAAGCGCAAGCACGCGACCGCCUUCCCCGAGGCCGGCUUCCUGGAGACGUCCUCAGGCCCUGUGGGCAGCCAGUACGGGGCAGCGGGCGCCGCCAGUGGCGAGGGCCAGUCUGGGCAGCCCCUGGGGCCCUGCAGCUCUACGCAGCACUUGGUGGCCCUGCCGGGCGGCACCCAGCCAGUGCACUCGAGCCCCGUGUUCCCCCCGUCGCAGUACCCCAACGGCUCCGCCAGCCAGCAGCCCAUGCUCCCUCAGUACGGCGGCCGCAAGAUUCUCGUCUGCUCCGUGGACAACUGUUACUGUUCUUCCGUGGCCAACCAUGGCGGCCACCAGCCCUACCCCCGCUCGGGCCACUUCCCCUGGACAGUGCCCUCACAGGAGUACUCCCACCCGCUGCCCCCCGCGCCCUCCGUACCCCAGUCCCUUCCCGGCCUGGCCGUCAGAGACUGGCUCGAUGCCUCCCAGCAGCCCGGCCACCAGGAUUUCUACAGGGUGUAUGGGCAGCCGUCCACCAAACACUACGUGACGAGCUAACGCCACGCCACGGGCGGCGGACACUGGGGACCCUCCCCUGCCCCGGUGGCUUGGGAAUCGUGCAUCCAGAGACCUGCCCUCCCUCCUCCUCCUCCCUCACUCCACUCCCCCUGAGCUUUUCCUUCUGGAUUUUGUUUGGGCCUUUGUUUCUGACUUUUUUUUUUUUAUUAUGAAUCUCCUGGACGCGGAGGUGACAGUGGGAGCUGGCCCGGGCCAGGGCCACAGGUGGCCCUAGAUUUGGGAAAGUGUCCAUCUCAUGGCGCUGAGCUCCCUCUCCGUCUCCCCUUUUUCCUCCACCCCUCUCACACCCCUGGGGCUGGGAGGAACCUCAGUUUGCCCCAGAGCCUCUGGCACCGGCCCCUCGCCUGCCCGGAGGAAGGCCCGGUGCCCACUGGCCUGCUUCUCCCUCCUGGUUUUCUGUCGGGCAGUCUGAUCACUGAUUGAGUAAGGAAUGACCUAUAGAUUGUGGGAGUUUUGCUUUUGUUUUUUUUUUUUUAAUUUUUUUAAAGCCAAGAAUGAUUUCUCCUUCCUUUUCCUCACCAUCCUCCCAGACAGAGGUCAAAGGCUACUUCUCAAGCAGCUUUCGGCACCUCCAGCCGCAAAGUGGCUUCUGCAGACAGGAGCCUCAUGUCCAGGAGAGGAGAAAGGGACUUUGCCAAUGAUAGUGACCACAGCAAAAGCAAAUAAUAAUAAUAUUAAUAAUAAUAAAGAGAAAUAAAAGAAAUAAUAAAAUAAAAAGAAUAGCACAGCCCUUGUUGAGGUCAGUGGAGCAGAAGGGGCUGCCCGCGCUGGGUCCCUGCCUGGAAUCUCGUGCGUUCCUGCAGUGAGCACUGUGGAUGGACCGCGGACUUACCAUUCUCAAGGCGCAGGUAUUUAUUCUGUAACGUCUAGAGCACACUGAAAUCCAGCCUUCUAAUAAAUAUGAUGGCGCAGUCCCA